GUUUGCAAAACGUAUUUUGUGUGUUGUUGUGUUGCUCGAGAGGGGAAUCCAAUAACUAUACUAUGGGAUAUAUGCUUGCACGCCAAUAUAAAUUAAAUAAUUUCAAAUAAUUGGAAUUCGAAAAACAAAAGCCAACCGAAAAGCGGCGGUUGUGUGAGAACCAGUCCAGAAGACCAGUGCAAACCGAAUUACCAUUGUUAUUAUUAUUUAUUUGUUUUCUUUUGCAUUUUUUUAACCGCUGUGCGGGAGUGCGUGGUGUGAUACCAAAAACAGUGAGAGAAAGAAGUGAUUAAAGAAUAAAAAUAAAAGGGGCAAUGACGACGUCAACGAUUAAGCCAACGGGCGGCGAGGAAGUGCCGCCGGCGGGGGUGGUGGGCGGCGUCGGCGAUGUGGGAGUGGCCGCCAGCCUGUCGAAGCGGGAUUCCGAGGAGGAUGCGUGGGCCUCCAAGGGGUACAUAAAUCCGUUUGUCCAUCGCCUCGAAAUCGACAGUCACAUUGAGGUGGCCAAGAUCUAUGUGCUGACAGUGCUGCUGCUGCCCAUCCGCGUGGUGGGCUGCGUCCUUUCCCUGAUCUCCGCCUGGAUGUUUGCCUGCAUUGGACUCUAUGGGAUGACGCUGGAUGAUCUCAAGGCGAAACCCCUAACCGGCUGGCGCAAACAAAUGCAAUGCAUGACGGCCUGCGGCAUGCGCAUGGUGUACACCUUCGGUUCGUUCCACUAUGUGACCAUGAAGGGUCGAGCGGCGACACCGAAGGAGGCACCCAUACUGGUGGUGGCACCGCACUCCUCCUACGUGGACUCCAUCCUGGUCGUGGCCAGUGGCCCGCCCUCGAUAGUGGCCAAGCGGGAGACGGCGGACAUCCCAUUGCUGGGUCGGAUCAUCAACUAUGCCCAGCCCAUCUAUGUGCAGCGCGAGGAUCCCAAUUCGCGCCAGAACACCAUCCGGGACAUUGUGAACCGAGCGCGCUCCACGGAGGACUGGCCGCAGGUGGUCAUCUUCGCCGAGGGCACCUGCACCAAUCGCACAGCCCUGAUCAAGUUCAAGCCGGGUGCAUUCUAUCCGGGCGUGCCCGUCCAGCCGGUGCUCCUCAAGUAUCCGAAUAAGUACGACACCUUCACAUGGACCUGGGACGGACCUGGAGUGUUGCGCCUUCUCUGGCUGACGAUGACUCAGUUUUAUAACCGUUGCGAGAUCGAGUAUCUGCCCGUAUACACCCCAUCCGCGGACGAGGUGGCCGAUGCCAAUCUGUAUGCCAACAAUGUGCGCGAGGUGAUGGCCAAGGCUCUGGGAGUACCCACCUCGGACUAUUCCUUCGAAGACGUCAUCGUGAUGAGCCGGGCCCGCGACAUGAAGAUCCCCUUUCCCGGCGACAUUGUGGAGAUCGAGCGGACGAUCGAGAAGCUGGGCCUGGUCGAGAGCCAUCGGGAUGCGGAGCUGUGCAAGGAAUUCCUCCGGCUGCCCAACACGGACGCGGUGGACAUCAUCACGUUUGGCGAGCUGCUCCAGAUGGAUCUCAAGGAUGCCAAUCUGCACAAGCUGUUUUCGUUGCUCGAUCACCGCCGCACGGGCACAGUGAGUUUGAAGAGCUUCCUGCUCUGCUCCCUCUUCUGCAAACUGAAGAACUCCGAUCUAAUGACCUUCCUGCGGGCCCUGAUCUAUCUGUAUAGCGAAUCUAGUCAGCAAAUCGACAGGGAAAGCUUUGUGCGAUUAAUGAGACAUGCUGGCGGCAAGCUGAAUGAACAAAAGGCCCAGGCGCUCUUCUAUGCGCUGGAUACCCAGAACCUGGGCUAUGUCUCCUUCGAUUCCUUCGUUGAGCAUACGGAAAAGCAGAAAUCGAGCUAUAAAUUCCUCUACCACAAAUCGGAGCACAUAAGGCGACCGAAGGCAGUCAGCACGCCUGCCAACUGAAUAUGUGGAGCACACUUUUGUGUUUAUUUCACUGGAAAUGAAGAAAGUAUCUGGAAGACGAGGAGUUGCAACCAAGAGAAAAACAAAUACCCAACCUAAGCAGAAAGUUCAACUGUCGAGUGUAUAUUUUUAAUAUUUAUUUAUCGUGUAGCGCGUGUCCUGGCACCCCCAUAUAUAUAUUGUAAUUAAUAUAAUUUCUAUUAUUAUUACCAUAGUUUCUUGAGAACACUGCUCACAGCACAGAGAUCCGGAUCUUAUUGCGCCCCAGCUUUGUUAUUAUUUAUACUCGGACUCUAAACGCAAGUCAUUUCAUCUUUGUGAUUCUUAUUAUACACACUUACGUUAUAUGUACACUUAAAUAUUAAAGCAUAUAUAAACAAGUAUGUAUCUUAUGUAGAGGCAGGCAAAGCAACCUUGAAUAUUUCCUAAUUUCCCUGGCCAAAAAAAAAGAAAAGAAACCACAAAGAAUUGUAUGGCAAGCCAUAGGUAUAAGAUAUAACAGCAGACCCAGCCAAUGAAGCUCUCCAUCGAUCCCACUCACUCACUAAAAACCACCAAGACCACACAGAACAAUGGAACUGCGAUCGAAAUCGAUCAUAACCACCACUACUAACCAACCAAAACUGAACAACCACCAAGCACACUACAUGAAAACCUUUUGUAAUCGAUUAUAAUCGAUCGGGGAAGAUUUCUUUUUCACCUUAAAAGUAUAGAGAACCAUGUCACACAAUAACCCAUAUAGGAAUGCUUUCUAAAAUUACCCAAUCUCAACUAAAUUUGUAAGAAAUUAUCGAUUAUGAUCUAUUAUUUUAGAUUUGCUAAUCAACCAAUUUAAAAACUGAUUGUACAUAAUGUCUUCAAGAUAGACAAGAGAUUGUAAAACUUUCGAUUUCUUCUGGAUCAUUCUUGUAACUGUUUGCCUAAUUUAAUUUUGCUGAAUUUAAAUUUAAGGAUCUCUGAUCUGUAGAAUGUUACCUUCAGAUCUAUAGUUCCUCAGAGUUAUCGAACAUUUCUUGUGCAUUUGUAUCCACACGGCCAACUUCUCUAGACUUUACACAAAAGCACUUGGCACGGAGAGCAGAGAUCUAUGUAGAGCACAGCCUGUACUUAAGUCAAACACCUUGGGCACACCCCCACUUCACACUACAUAAAUGAUUGAUUAUUGGAAACACACCAUGGAACACCAGGUAUUGUGUAAUUGUAAAGAAUAUCUGCUAUCUGCAAUAGAAAAUCUGCUCUUUCGAAAUGAUAAUUAUGCUUUCGAGAGGGCAAACAGGCGAACUCCUCCGUAGUUUUUACAUUUUGAGAAGAUCUAACCCUAAGCUAAACGAUCUAAUUUAUGUGCUAUUGUAAUAGAUAUUAUUAGAGCCCUAAGCCUGCACCGAGAGCAAACCCAAUUCGGCUGAGAAAUCUGCUCAAAAAAUAUAUAUGUGUGUACGAUUUUAAACCCA